UCUACCUCUAUGCCUGUUUCAUUUCAUACUGGGAGUUGCGGGGUCUAAAAAGCUUUCAAAUUAAGCAACCUCAAAUAUAUAUGUCCCCAAGUUAUUUGAUCAAAGAAAUUCCCCCAACACCAUCCUCCCUUCCUUGAUCAGGAAAAGUUUCAUGCCCCAUUCAUUCAUCUGGCAAAAGACAUGCAAACAGAGACUUUGACUUUUGUCAACGAGGAAGGCAACAGGAAGCAACCACCAGCAUUUGAUGGAAAUUUCGCCCCUGUCUUGUAGAACUUCUUCGAACUUGUCUCGUUGACUUGGGUUCCUUUUAGGCGUUGACAGACAAGGAAUUGUUCUGUAAAUUCCUUUCUGUGCAUCUGCCUUUUUCCUCCAUUUGAGCCAAACCAAAGCUUGCAGAAUUCUUGUGUUCUAGGAAGCAGAGAAACACAGAGGACUGUUCAGAAUUCUUGUGUUCUCUAACAGGGUUCAGUUGGUGUGCAGAGAGAAGAUUAUCAAAGAGAACAAAACCCAAUUAAUAUUUGUGCAAGAUGGUGGAUGCUGUAGUAACAGUGUUCUUGGAGAAGUUGUUGGGAGCUUUAUCAGAGGAGAGCCGCGUUUUCAGUGAAUUCAGGGACAAAUUUGAAACAUUACAAUCUGAGCUUCAACUGAUGCAAAGCUUUCUCAAAGAUGCAGAGAGGCUCAAGAGGAAGAAUGAGAUCGUUCGUCGCGUAAUGGCUAAUUUAAGAGAACUGAUUUAUGAAGCUGAAGACAUACUAGCAGAUUGUCAGCUUCAAUCAAGAGAUGAUGGCCUGUUUUCCAGUGGUUGGUUUAUGUGCACCAACCCUUUUAAACUUCCAUUCCAAUAUCAAACUGGGAAGAGCCUUGGAGAAAUCAACAGGAAAAUUGCCACCAUUAAGCAAGACAUUUUAUCCUAUCUUGGAGUUCCACUGCUGAAUCAACUGGAGCCAAUAAAUGCACAAAAUGACCUGAUGCCUAGAUGGAGCAGUCCUGUGUAUGAUCACACCCAAGUCGUAGGUUUGGAAGGCGAUGCGAGUAAGCUCAAAGAAUGGUUAUUUGAAGCUGACAAGGGGAUACUAGCUAUUGGAGUUGUGGGCAUGGGGGGCCUGGGGAAGACCACUAUUGCUCAAAAAGUAUUUAAUGACAGGAAGAUUGAGGAGCACUUUGAUAGAAGAAUUUGGGUUUCUGUUUCUCAAAAUUUCAGUGAAGAGCAAAUCAUGAGAAGUAUGUUAAGGAACUUGGGAGAUGCAAGCGUAGGAGACGAUAAGGGUGAAUUACUAAAGAAAAUAAAUGAAUAUCUUUUAGGCAAGAGGUUUUUGAUUGUGAUGGAUGAUGUGUGGAGCUUGGAUGUUACUUGGUGGCUCAGAAUUUAUGAAGCAUUGCCAAAGGGAAAUGGAAGCAGCAUCAUUAUCACCACAAGGAUAGAGAAGGUUGCACAGAAAAUGGGAGUGAAGGAAGCAAGAUUGCAUUGGCCCAAAUGCCUCAGCAAGGAUGAUAGUUGGCUGCUAUUUCAGAAGAUUGCAUUUGCAGCUGAUGGAGGUGAGUGUAAGCAUCCAGAACUGGAAAAUGUUGGAAAGGAGAUUGUUGAGAAGUGUAAGGGUCUUCCAUUAGCAAUCAAGGCAGUUGGAGGAAUAAUGCUCUGCAAACCAUCACGCUAUCAUGAAUGGAGGCGAAUCGCAGACCAUUUUCGUGAUGAAUUAGCAGAGAAUGAUAACUCAGUUAUGGCUUCUCUACAAUUGAGUUAUGAUGAACUCCCAUCUUACUUGAAGUCGUGCUUUCUUUGUUUGUCUCUUUAUCCUGAAGAUUGUGUCAUAACCAAAGACCAAUUGGUACAUUGGUGGCUUGGAGAAGGUUUUAUUCCGCUGAGAAAUCGUAGAUCAGCAAUUGCAGCAGGGGAAGAUUGUUUCUCGGGGCUAACAAAUCGAUGUUUGCUAGAGGUGGUGGACAAGACUUAUCAUGGAACAAUCUCCACAUGUAAAAUUCAUGAUAUGGUUCGGGAUGUGGUGAUAAAAAUGGCAGAAGAUGAUGCAUUUUUCAGCACAGAAGGUAAAAACUGCCGCCAUUUGGGUAUUGCAAGUAGCAUGGCUCAGAAGGCCAAUCACAAGCUGCGUGCAUUGUUAUCUACAACUAAGACAGGUGAAGUGAACAAGAUUGCUUCAAACACUGCAAAGAAGUUUUGUGAGUCUCGCAGCCUUCGAGCAAUGGAUUUGUCCAGGUCAAUCUUUGAUACACCUCUCUCAGGCCUUUUACAUCAGAUUGGUGUUCUUCAACACCUAACCUACCUUAGUGUAAGCAACACACAUCCGUUGGUUCAACUCCCACCUUCACUUGACAAGCUUAGCAAUCUUCAGGUUUUGGAUGUCAGCUACUGUCAAAACUUAAAGAUACUCCCCCCUUGUAUUAUGACUUUCAAGAAGUUAAGGGUCUUAGAUGCCAGCCAUUGUGGUUCACUCAAGUAUCUACCUAAAGGCUUGGGAAGGCUUUCAAAUCUUGAAGUGUUAGUGGGAUUCAAACCAGCCAAAUCAAGCCAGUUAGAAGGUUGCAGGAUUGGUGAGCUCAGAAAUUUAAUUCGGCUUAGGAUGCUCGGGAUUCGACUGAGUUGCUGUGAUGAGAUUGGAGAUACUGAGGUCAAUGUAUUGGUAAAUCUACAAGAACUGCAGCAUCUGUCAAUAAGUUGCUUUGAUAGUCAUGGUAAUAAUGACCUCACAUCCAAGCUUGACAAGCUGUUCCCUCCUCAACAGCUCCAUGAGCUCAGCCUAGAAUUCUAUCCAGGAAAGAUUAGUCCAUCUUGGCUCAAUCCCAUCUCACUUCCUAUAUUGAGGUAUCUUUCAUUAUCAUCAGGCAAUCUUGCAAGGAUGAAUGAAAAGUUUUGGGGGAAUGACAACACUGUCUGGAAAAUUGAGGGCUUACUGUUUGAAUCUCUUUCCGAUUUCGAAGAAGAAUGGGAGAGGCUUCAACAAGUUAUGCCAGCAUUGAGAGUCGUCAAUGUGAGCUGGUGCCCAGAGCUGGUAUCUUUUCCAAUUGAGAAUGUUGGGUUUAGAGGUGGUGUCUGGAAGGAGGAAGUGCACAAAAGCUAAAUGCAAAUGUCAUGUGCUAGCCAGCUAGUGCUACCAUUGAAUUUUAGCAAAUGUUCAAUUCAGUUUUCAUUGUAAAUAAGCUUGACUGCAUGUAAUAUAUGUACAUGCUCUAUGUUGCAUGAAUGUCCUUAGCUUGUUGUGGAGUCUCUAAACUGCCAUUUUUAGAGGUAUAAUUGGAGAGAAGAAAGACGACGAUGGAUAUCAUGAAGGUGUUCACGGGACAGUCAGAUCCUCUGUGAAUCUUGAUUCUGAUUCAGACUGAAAAAAGAGGAAAGACAAAAAAAGGGAAAAUGAUACCUGAGUCUGCAAAUGCUUUCUGAUUGCAUGCUUGUAUACUUGUUGCCACAUCUAAUUUAUGUUACCUUCUGAGUGUAUCUUUUCUGUUUGUUUCUUUCUGAGGAACAAAAUUGCAUUGUAAAUAUAUUCUUCCAGGCCUAUUGACUAGAAAGUACUUUCGGAUUUUUAUU